AUGCAACUCAUGGCAAAUGCCCACAUCUGUAAAAGGGCAUCGUGCGUCGCCUGUUUUGCAUCAUGGUCAGCCGCGGCCCGCUCCCAGAGCAUCGUAGGUCGAGUCUUUGACCUUUGUGGCUAUCCGUUUGCCAGCGAUAAAAGGCAGACCCCUGCUGCAUCUGGCGACUUCUUGGGCCUUCUCCAUGACCUUUCCGCAGUCCGCGCCAGCGGAAUCAUCAAGGUUUGGGUGCGGCAGCGCCAUAUGGAUACUGCCCAAGCAUCAGGCUCACUUUGCCCUGGCCAAGCAUCCAAGCUCUUUGGCUGCCUCACCUUUUUGGAUCAGGGCGCCUUCGAGCGCGCCUUUGAAACGGUGCGUACCGUCCUUCGCCUGCGGCCUGAGCGCCUGGUCCCAGUCAAGCCUCAGUCAGCUCCCCGUGUCCUGGUUGCCAGCGAUGCAGCCCAGGACGGCUUCAGGGCGCUGUGGUCAUCAUCGAUGACAAUGUGUUCGAUUCUCUGGGACUUUCAAGAGACAAAAUUCGCCCAGCUCAAACUGCUGAUGGUCCUCCAGUCCCUCAUCACGUUCCCCGCUGCCUUCAGGGGCACCACAGGAGUCUAUUUCAUAGACAACAUCGCAGUGCUUAUGGCGUUGGUCAAAGAGCGCUCCGAUAGCCCGGAACUCGACGCCAUUGCACAGUCGAUCCACUUGCUCCUGUUUUGCCUGCACUGCUCUUUGUGGUUCGAAUGGAUCCCCUCCAAGAGUAACUGGAGCGAUUCCAUCAGCCGUCAGGGAUUGGAUGACCCUUGGUUCGCUGCCCACAACUUUCGUGUGCACGUCAGUUCUGUGCCAGUAUUUUUAUGGAGCUUCAGUCUCAGCAUUCG